ACGGUGCGCUUCGUUUUACAAGAAAAUGAUCGCACCCGCUUUCUGUGCGUUGACGGGUGUCGCGCGCAAUUCCGUUUCUCAUUUACAAAAAAUAGUGCGCCGUCAUUUGUGCGCCUCCGCGGUGGAGGGUAAAUAUGUUUUAGUGCAACGACAUAAAUCGUGUGAUAAUGAAACUAUGAAAUUUCCGAGUGUGUGGCUACGUGACAACUGCUACUGUGAGCAGUGCUUCCAUCAAAGUUCAAAGUCGCGUCGCAUCGAUUGGGAUCGCUUCGAUACUGAAGUGGUGGCGCUCGAUGUUCAGGUUGAUUCGGUUGCUGAGCAAGUUGUGAUUAAGUGGAGUGAUCAGCAUACUUCCACUUACGAUCUAAAGUGGCUGCGCGAGCGUGAAUUUAGCGAUGAGCGCAGACAACAGUAUUUGAAUGGAUUUUAUCGGCCAAAACCAAAACAUUGGGCGGGUCAACAGUUCAAGCAAAUUACGGAAACUUUCAAAUUUCAAGAUGUAAUGCAAACAGAUGAUGCUCUCCAACAAUGGCUUGAGGCACUAGCGGUACGCGGUGUGGUCAUCAUCGAAGACGCACCACUGGACAAGACGGUUGUGCGACAAUUAGCCGACCGUGUGGGUUUUAUACGACGCACCACCUACGGCGAAGAGUUCAUUGUGCAGGCAAAACCAGGCGCUAAGAAUUACGCCUACCUCUCCGAUCCGCUGCCGCUGCACACGGACCUGCCCUACUAUGAAUACAAGCCGAGCGUGAAUAUAUUGCACUGCGUGGUGCAGUCGCAGUCAGUAGGCGGCAGUAAUCUGUUGGUGGACGGAUUUCACAUAGCCGAUCGCUUGCGCGACGAACACCCAACGGAUUACCGUAUACUAACGGAGACGCCGGUCGAUUGGAAUGAUAUCGGCAGUGAGGAUGGGCGGAGUUUUCACAAUAUCUGGCGCGCACCGGUGAUAUGUUUAGACAGUGACGGAAAUUACACGCGUAUAAAUCACAGCAUUCCCCAGCGCGACAGUCAUUUCUCCGUGCCGCUGCGCGCCGUCAUACCCUGGUACCAGGCCUACGCCAAGUUUGUGCGUUUGGCGCGCCGCGACGCUUUUGCAUUUAAAACGAAACCCGGCGACGUUUUGACUUUCAAUAAUAUUCGUCUGCUGCACGGUCGCACCGGGUACGAUGACACCGAGCAGAAUGUACGGUACAUUGUGGGCGCCUACCUCGACUGGGACAUCAUCUAUUCGAAGCUGCGCGUAUUGAAGAGCGCACAGGCGGAAAGCCUCAACGGUGGCAACGCGCUGCAGCAGUAGCACCACCAGCAACAACAACAACAAAAAGGUACAUGUCUUGAUAUAUAAAAAGUCAAGGCAGCUGGCGGCCUAACUGCUGUUGGCAAAACCACAACGUUGACGUGUACGACGAAGGCGACAAUUGGCACACUAACUCCUUCAGCUCGCAGCUGUCAAGGAGCGGGCAACAACCGGCGCGGCAGCAACAGAAACUGGAAUCGCUGCAGCAGCCGCUGUCCUCCUUCAACGGUUCUUGCGGUGCAAUGCUUUCUAUUAACAACUUUUUUGCUGCUGCCAACAGUGCCAACAGUGCCUUCAUUAUUUUUCGAUUCCUCUUUGGCUUGACGUUUUUGCUCCGUGGUUGUUGCUGUUGUGUUUGCAUGUCUUUUCGAGUUUUAUUGAUUUUUAAUAAAGUGGCGCACAGCAGGCGACCGGAAGUUGUGGUGACAUUAAAGCAGAUAAUUUACUUGCUUUCACACUUGGCUUAUUAUCAAUUUAAGGCAUUAACUCUGAGUGAUGGCACUUUACAUUCCCUGUAAUUAUCUUAAAUUUGAUUGUUAUUGUAAAUACAAGCUUACUUUUAGGCAAUAAAAUUAUAGAUUCGAUUAGUAAUAAUAUCUUA